AUGUUCAUCAAGGCAAUCUUAUUCUUCGCACUCGUCGCUUUGGCCAGAGGAGGUGGAUACCUUGGAGGUGCCUUCGGUUUGGGAGCCGGCUACGGUGGUUUUGGAUACGGUCUUGGACACGGUGGUUUCGGUUACGCCCUUGGACACGGACAUGGAGGAUUAGGUUACGGAUUGGGACACGCUUCCGGAUACAGCUACGCAAUCCGCCCACCAUUGGCUCUCCCAGCUCCAGCUCCAAUCGCAGUUGCCGCCCCAGCUCCACUUCACUUCGGACACGGUGCCGGUUACACUAGCUACACCCGCCCAGCCGUCGGAUACGCACAUGGUUUCGCCGCUUCCGCACCCAUCGCAAUUCCCGCACCUGCUCCCCUCGCAAUCCCCGCCCCAGCUCCACUUCACUUCGGGCACGGUGCCGGUUACGGAUACACUAGCUACUCCCGCCCCGCCCUCGGAUACGCACAUGGUUUCGCCGCUGCCGCACCACUCGCCGUCGCCGCACCACUCGCCGUCGCCGCACCCGCUCCCAUCGCAAUCCCCGCACCUCUCCACUUGGGACACGGAACCGGCUACAGCUACACGAACUACGCCCGUCCAUCCGUUGGAUUGACCCACGGUGGUUUUGGAUUCAACCCCAUCUUCUCCGGCACGACUUUCGGUCUUGGACUUGGCGGUUACGCUAACCGAUUCGGCCACAGCACAUACGGCAAUCACUAA